AUGGGUGCUGACAAUGUACAAGGCAAUGCAAUGCAUCAUAUUGGUAUGAGGACAUGUCACAUUAUGGACUUUGAUGCACAACAAGCAGGUGGCUAUGAGAAUGUUGGGUUUAUACAAAAGGACAUGUACAACCAUUUUGGAACUGAACGCAGAGCGCAAAUUGUCAAUGAUGAUGCAGAAGGUUCUUUGGAUUACUUAUGUGGUAAAGCAGAGCAUGAUCGAAUGUUUUAUUAUAAAUAUGAUGUAGAUGAAAAAAAUCGAUUAAAUAAUUUGUUUUGGACACACAGUGGAUCUCAAACAGAUUAUUUGUGUUUUGGUGAUGUGUUGAUGCUUAAUACUUCGUAUUGGACAAAUGCGUAUAACAAGCCUUUUGUAAUACUACAAGGUGUGACCAAUCACUUUCAAAUGAUUGUUUUUGGAUGUGCAUUGUUGGCUUUCGAGACAGUAGAGACAUGCAUAUGGGUAUUAGAGACAUUUCUUGAUGCGAUGGAUCACAAGAUGCCUCUGUCCGCAAUCACCGACAGGGAUAAGGCCAUGCAUAGAGCAAUCAAAACAGUUAUGCCUACUGCUCAACAUCGGUUAUCUUUCCUACCCAUAGGCCUUUUACUCUUUGCAGUGACACUGCCCUCACCAAUAGUUGGAUUAUUACCAAUACUUGGACUAGUGUCAUCUUCAAGAGAAAUACAGUUAUUCAUAAGGGAAUCGGGGGCUGAAUCAGGAGAAAACGGUCGAGUAAUAAUUUUCAAAAAUGCGAUUGCUAAUUUUCAACAAUUGGGUCUUCAGUAA